UACACAAUCCAUUCAUUCAUUGAAUUUCUACUGGAAUGUUAUUGGACAUGAAUGUUCUGAACAGAAAAUAGAAAUAAAACAUGGGUGACACAGAGGAUCCGGUGGAACAGAUGUUGAAACAAACUGGUUGCAUAGACCUUCAUUAUAAAGUGCAGGAGUGCAUCGCCGAAACCGGUGACUGGCGCAAGUGUCAAAACGUGGUGAAGGAGUUCAAAACUUGUAUGCAAGUCUACACUGAAAAGCAGCGACAGAAAUACGAAUAAUAGCUAAUCAGUUGCAAUGGGUUU